GGCGCCCGCCUGACCCGCCUCUCGCCCGCAGGAGGCUGCAGUGCCGGGCCCGGCAGACCCGCGAGCGGCGGCUGCGGAAGCUGAUGGAGCCCGCGGAGCCCCCCGAGCGCGCCUUGACCCUCCGCGCGAUGGAGCAGAUCCGGUUCCUCCGCCGCGCCUUCCCCGAGGAGUGGCCGGCCGGCCGGCUGGCGCAAGGCUUCGGCGUGACGCGCGAGGUCAUCCGCCGGGUGCUGAAGAGCCGCUUCUGCCCGUCGGCCGAGCGGGGCCUGAAGCAGGACGCCCGCGCCGGCGCCCGCCCGAACCCCGCGCCCGCUGGCGGAGCCGCCCCGGGGGCGCUGAGCCUGCCGCCCGCCCCGGAGCUCCACCCGGACUGCGGCCGGAGACGAAGGCCGCCUCCCGGGACUCCCCGCCGAGGAGCCUUCGGUAGCGGCGGGCAGGCGGCCCGAGGGAGCCCGUGGCUGAGCGGGGAAAGAAGCGGCGCGGCGGAGCCUGGCGAGAGAGGCAACCGAGGAGGCGCCUCUUGACGCUGCGCCUGGGCAGGGAGGGGGCCCGGCUGCUUCCCCUCUUGUCCCCUCAAGCCGCUUCCUGGCCGGCUGAGAGCCAACGAGCUUCGUAAACGAACCGGCCGAGGAUGGGAAGGGAACCGCAGGGCGAGGAAUGGAAGAGGCUUUUGACACAAGGUGGGAAUAGUUCCAGACAAACACCGAUUCCCCCCCCACCCCCCACCCCCAAGGAAGCACUAUGGCAAGCGACAGAGGAGCCCCUGCGCUCCCUUGGAGGGAAAGCACCCAAAUAAACUCCGUGAUCCACAACUGUCAAGCGGCUCUUUUUUAAUUCCAGCUUCAGUAAAGACCAAUGUAGUCCAUGUUUCCAGGGUCCCAUCGCAGCCUUCUACCAACCUGGAAUGGCUGCACCUUGAGCAAGAGCUGGCAGUCCUGGGAAGAAGCUCUUCAGCACUGUUCUGUAUGCCACUUUAGAAGGGAAUGAUUUUUAUGUAAACCUUUGUUGGGAGGUUGUGCUUAAUCAGAAAUACAGAAGUAUACAGAAUAAUAGCGGUGCAAGGGACCUUGGAGGUGUUCUAGUUCAGGGGUCACUAAAUUCAUAAUUUUAAAUCCCAUGGACCACUAAUACGAAUCCAGUGCACCGCUCGCUGAAACACCUGGACUCCCGGUGAUGGGAUGGGGUCCUUCAGGCACUUAGCUUGGCCGGCUGUUUCUGCAACCUUAAACACUCUCUCAGUACCUUUUGCUUUCAUCUCUCAGUAUCUCUUUCGCAUCUCUCAUCUCUUUCUCAUCUUUCUCUCAUCUCUCUCUCAUUCUGAUUCUCCAGCGCGACCGAGGUAUGCGCAGCACCAACAAGGGCUGGAAGAAACGCCCGCGAGACCCAGUAAGAGAUCAAGCUUCACUUCCACUCUGGAAUAUGGAGCGAAUCUCCAUCCCUCGCCUUUCCCUUCUCAGACGAGGCGAGGAGUGACUGGGUGGGUGAGGGGCGUGGCCAGGUUGUGGUGGGAUCAUCCAGCAGGAAGCCACAGCAGGGGGACGAAAGAGCCAGGGGUUGCCAUCACCUGUUGCUUUGGCCUGCCUGCGCCGCCACCUCCCCGCCUUGCCGCAACAGCACCAUUACCUUGUUCUGGCUGGUGAGGGCUGCGCUACCCCUUGCCACCACCUGAAAGUUGCAAGUUCCAUGUACCUCCCUCUGCAGCGGAGAUUUCCAGCCCCGCCACAAGCUGCCUGGCCGGUCCCAUAUUCCAGAGCUCUAGUCACAGGACUGGCCAUUGGUCAUCCCGGAGCAGCUCCUCCACCCAGGUGCACUGCAGACGACCAAAAUUUUCUUGCGGACCACCAGUUGAUGACCUCUGUUCUAGUCCAACCCCCUACUUGAGCAGGAAACUCUAUACCCAUGAUGGCGAACCUAUGGCACGCAUGCCGGAAGUGGGAUGCAGAGCCAUUUCUCCAGGCACAUGUGGAGUCCAGAUGCACAGAUAACAGUGAUGAUGUUACCUAGUUUGGUAAUGAAACGUCUGCAAGGAAACAGGCUCAGAGAGCAGCAAAGAAUCAGAUAUCUUGAUGAUCUUGAGGGUCACAGGAAAUAAAACAUGGCAUGGAAAAGAACUUCUAUGCUGUUGCCAAGAAAACAACCUGGAUCUCCCUGUCUAGUCUUUGCCUAGGAACUGAGCUCGGCUGAUUUCUCCAUUUUAUACUGAACCAAUGAGAAAGAAUACUUUCCAAUAACUUCGAAAUGAAAUGCACCUCCAUCACCCUCAUUGUGUACAAGUAGUAAAGAUCUCAUAAUUUCCCUUUACAUAUAUAUAUGAAUAAUAAGAUUCUCUCCCCCACCCACUUACUCUUUCUUUCUCUUCCCCCCCCAACUUCCAUCAUAUUUCUAUGGCUGCACAUCUCACAGCAAUGACUUUUGGCAGUGUAUAAAGUAAAAACCAACAGCUAGAACAGCAAUCCAAAGAAUGAAACCUACAUUUAUAGAACAAAACCCAACUUACCUUUCACUUAAAUGCGUAAUGUAGACAGGAAAACAAGACGCAAACAAGAUGCGCAAAGACUGCGGUGACCACUUCUGGCGACUCAACUCAUAAGUCUAAAAUAGACACACAAGGCCCCUAUCUUGGCACAGCUGGAUGGAAGGCCAUCUAGCAAGGCUUUGGAUAUUGCCAACAUCCCAAGAUCUACAGUACAUAGGGAUGGCCAUAGGAAACUAAACAUGUAGGGACCCAUAUUUUCUUGUGAUAGUCCUGAAAUGUAGGCAGCGUUAUAAUCACCAAACCAUCAAGGGGCGAUGGGCUGAGGACUCAACCACUUAGGCUUCUCCUGCAUCAAUAGUGAAACUAUUGGAACUAAAUAGGGCCUGGUGGCUCAGCAGACUGAUAGCAUUGUGAUUAACACCAGCUGCCUGCAAUUACUGUAAGUUCGAAUCUCACCAGGCUCAAGGUUGACUCAGCCUUCCACCCUUUCUAAGGUAGGUAAAUUGAGGACCCAGAUUGUGGGGGCAAUAAGUUGACUUUGUAUAAAAUAUACAAAAGUAUGAAGGCUAUUGCUUAACGCAUUGUAAGCUGCCCUGAGUUCCCGGAGAAGGGCGGCAUAUAAAUCAAAAUUUUUUAAAAAAACUGAUACCAUAUUUCCCCCAAAAUAAGACCUACCUAACCAGAAAAUGAUUUUUCAGGAUGCUCUUAAUAGCAAUAGCACUUAGACUUAUAUACCGCUUACAGUGCUUUUACAGCCCUCUCUAAGCAGUUUACAGAGUACCAGCAUUUUGCCCCCAACAAUCUGGGUCCUCAUUUUAUCCACCUUGGAAGGAUGGAAGGCUGAGUCAACCUUGAGCCCUACCCCAAAAAUAAAUUCAGUUAAGAUGCCAGACAGUUGCAUUUUAGUACUGUAUUUCCCCCAAAAUAAGACCCAACCAGAAAAUAAGUCCUAAUGGGUCUUGGAGCAAAAAUUAAUAUAAGACCCAGUCUUCUUUUUGGGAAAUACAGUAUAAACCGUUUACUUUAUGGCGCAAAAGAGGCUGUACUUCUUGAGAAUGCUCAGGAAGAUAAAUCUAUCUCAGCAUCUACUUCUGUCCUACUAUCGCAGCACCAUUGAGUGUGUCUUGACAUACAGCAUUCUUUGUAUGGGAGCAGCUCUCUAGUGGACAAAAAAGCUCUACAGAGAAUCAUUAAAACUGCCCAGAAUAUCAUCAGGCUCCAGUUACCAGCCCUGGAUGACAUUUUCGAAUCUCGCUGUUUGAGGAAGUUGCAUAACAUUCUCAGAGACUCGUCCCAUCCUACUUACAAUCUUUUUGGACUGUUGCCUUCUGGCAGAAGAUACAGAACAAUUAAAACUCGGACCACAUGUUUUCUGAAUAGUUUUCAUCCCAGAGCUAUAAUUGCACUCAACAAUGAAUUAAAGGGCCACCAUCAGUGAGCUGUUGGACAGCAUUACUUGGUCUGUUGUGUGGGUGUUUGGGUGGUUUAGGGGUGGGGAAUUUGUGGUGGGUGGGGGUGUGUUUGGGGAUUGUUAUUUGUGUUGGACCUGAUCUUUGGGUGUUAAGUGAAUUUCGUUGUAUAGGUAUACUCAGGGAUGAAAUCCAGCAGGUUCUGACAGGUUCUGGAGAACAGGUAGUGGAAAUUUUGAGUAGUUUGGAGAACUGGCAAAUGCCACCUCUGGCUGGCCCCAGAGUGAGGUGGGAAUUGAGAUUUUGCAAUAUCCUUCCCCCAGAAAUGGGGAAGGAAUGGGGAUUUUGCAGUAUCUUUUCCCUGCCACACCCACCAAGCCACACCACGCCCACCAAGCCACGCCCAUAGAACCAGUAGUAAAAAAAUGGGUUUCACCACUGGGUAUACUGUGUAAACACGUACAAUGACAAUAAAGUUAUUAUUAUUCAGUAA